AUGCCCCAGGUUAUAGACAUAACCAGCGGAGAUUCUCUCGGACCGCAUCAGAAUGGCGAGAUUGCGGUUCACGCCCGAGGCAUCAUGAAGGGCUACACUGGGCGUCCCGAAGCUACUGCUGAAGCCUUGAGCAGCGAUGGGUGGUUCCGUACAGGAGAUUUAGGCUACUACGACACUGAAGGACGGAUCCAUGUCAUUGAGAGACUGAAACAGAUGAUAAAAUGCAUGGAUAAUGUCGUCGUUCCUGCUGAGCUGGAAGAACUUUUGAUGACCCACGAGGCUGUCGCGGAGGCCGCAGUCGUAGGUAUUCCAAGCGCGAAGCAUGGCGAGGCUCCAACAGCCUGCAUCGUUGUCAAAGGCGGCUUCGAGAAAAACCUUGACAGUCUGGCGACGGAACUGAAGGAGCUCGUUGCUGGUAUAUCUUUCCAAUAUCCCAAUUUUGUUUUUGGUCAAGCAGCAGUGUUCAAGCAACUGUAUGGAGGUGUUUUCUUCAUGAAAUCUUUUCCCAAGUCCGACAACGGAAAGAUCCUGAGACGAGACCUCAAAACAAAGGUUGCCCAGGAAAUAGAGAAGUUGACAGAAUAG